GAUAGCUGACAAUGCUUUGUUUUUGUUUUACCGUUUGACAAGCCUAGUCGACCAACAUCCCUAUCAACAAAAGGGAACUUCACAGUCGAAAAGCACUGGUAACUGAUGCCAAGAAAUUUAGUAAGAUGAACAGAUGAAUAUAAUUGAAAAAAAAACAAAACAAAAGCACAGAAUUGUGACAAAAGUUGAAAAAGCUUCCUAGUGGAUUUGAAAAUUCGGUGUCGUUUUCGCUUAAGUUAACCAGAAACCUAUUUCAUUUUCAAGCUAAAGUUAUUCAAAACCUAUCGAAAAUGGUUAGCAUGGUACAUUGCCAACUCUGGAUGGGUAGUCUGGAGUCAUACAUGACUGAGACAUUCAUUUUGACCGCAUUCAGAAAAAUGGGCGAAAAUCCUAUGAGUGUUAAAGUAAUGAGAAAUAAAUUCACUGGCGAACCUGCUGGAUAUGCAUUUGUCCAUUUUGCCAAUGAUGAAGAGGCAAUCGAUGCCAUGCACAAGCUCAAUUCCAAGCCUAUACCUGGUACCUCUCCUAUGGUCAGAUUCAGACUGAACAAUGCAAGUAAUACAGGAAGAUCUCUUAUCGAUAGAGAGUUUUCAGUUUGGGUUGGAGAUUUGAGUCCUGACGUAGAUGACUAUAACCUUUAUAGAGUAUUUUCUUCAAAAUAUAAUACCAUAAAGACGGCUAAAGGUAAAUGUAUUGCUUUGUGUAUAUUAGUUGGAGAGUAGGUUUGUUGCCAUGUAAACUGAAUUUAGUUUUCUUUGAAGUGUUAUUUUGGUAUCUGUUAAGAAGGUUUAUGAUUCUGUCACAGUUUAUUUCGAUUAUAGUUUUUUAAAUAUGU